AUGAAGGGCCGGUCGGGUGACGCCCACAGUCGCCCACAGGCCGAUCGAACGGCAGUGACAGUCACAGAGAUGAGGAGGUUUUCUGUCAACUCUGAGCUCGAGUUCCUGCAGGCCAUGCUGGAGGAGGCGCUCACCGCGGAGGAGCAGGUCUCUGUGAUGUUCACGCCUCACUCUGGAGAUCCCACCGCCGAGGACGUCAGCCGCGCCGAGGACGCCUUCAGGAAGCAGCACCCUGCCUUCACCGCCUUCAUAUACACAGAGCCCACAGGAGGCCACAUCCUCCCCCCGACCACCGACUGGCUGUCAGCUGCUCCCCCCCAGCUCUACCUGCUCACCCUGGGCUUCAGGAGAGCGGAGGCUGGACGCUUCCUCCAGAACCUCCACGCCAGGGCCUGGCCCUCUCUCACAGGUUUGGAUGUGAUUGGACCGCGGAUGCCGUUGAAUCCUGAGCGCAGAUGGGAGGAUGAGGCGGUGAAUUGUAAAUUGUGCGACGUGUACAAGAACAGGAUCCUGCCCGUCCUGGACCUGAUGCAGGCCACCCGGAUCGAUGCAGGUGUGUGUGUGGGCUCAGGGCUGAUCGAGCGGCUCCAGUACAGCAGCCUGCUGGCGAAAGCCGGCCUCCACAGAGAGUACGGCGCCGUCCUGCAGCGCUGCCAGGCCCGGCUCGCCACCGCCCCCUACCUGCAGGAGGGCGGCGCACAGCGAGCAGGCGUACCGCUGCAGGCUCUACUGACAGACAUCAUGGAUGAACUGGGAGGAAGGAGGAGCGACGCUGAACGUGUCUGGAAUAAAGUGCUAAAGGUGGGCUGGUGGGAGGAUCUGAUCUACACCACAGAGAAGAAGUACUUGGGAAGGAAAACUUUGAGAAACAAAAACAAGGACAAAAUCAAGAAGGCGUUGGUGUUUGCCUCCCCGCCAGCUGACGAGAACGCUUCCUCGCCCAUGCAGAUACUUCCAGGCAAGGCCAGUGAGAGCCUCAUUUUAUCAGCCAAUCGGAGAGCAGCCUCAUCGCGAACCCCGCCAGCAUCACGUUCGCUCGCAGAGUGAGUGAAGAGGAGGAGCGCCAGAUAUUCAGAACAUGAAUGUU